AAUAAUAUUAUAUAUAUAUGGGGAUCCUAGUAUUUCACUAGACGGACUCGCAGGUGAGACUAAUCCCAAGUACUCACCCCCUCCGAAAGGAGGGCCUCCACGUGGUGAUCCCUGGUAACGCUUUUAGCGGCUAAUGCGAGCCAUACCUGUACCCCUCCGAUUCCUAAAAUUCCUAACUGCAAUCACUCCAACAUCCUUUCCUAAUUCUUCUCCAUUACCAUUUUCCCCCAAUCCGGAAUUGCGCGUGUUCAUCGGACUUGUUUGCAGUCGGGGGUAACAGACUGUAUUUUAGCGUCGCACCUCACUGAUACCUGCCCGCCUCAGUGAGUAACUGUGGGCUUACCGUGUUACCGGGGGCUAUGAUACGGCGGACCUAUUUUCCCCCACACUCGUGGGACCUAUAUGGAACAAAAAAAUAAUAUUAUAAAAAAACUAGCAGGAACACAUACUGCAACUAGCCUGGCUGAUUGGAUGGAGUUUGAUAUCCAACAUACCGAUCGCCAGGCACACUUGUGGAAAGUGGGUGAAGAGCCUAGGAACAUAACUAGUUCUUUGCUGUUUGAAUCCAAAACGGGAAUUCCGUUAUGGAAGGAAAGUCAAGAAACUGUGGGCUCGAAAGUUGCACCGAAAAAUGCAACCGUCGAAACACUACCACAGCCCUCGACAAGUACUGGACUGACUUCAGGCCAAAGCUUACGCGAAGUCAGGAAAACGACUGGCUUGAGUGGUGCGGGUACCAAAUGGUAUUUGCGCUACCUCAAGGAAGGCUUAACGCCUGCCGCGGCAAAGGAAAAGGCGCUGAAUCGGUCAAAAGGUAGUCAAGACUCUAAGAAGAGGCCUGCCCAAGAAAUUAAUCCGAUCGAUGUCCAAUCGGCUAAAAAGAGCAGAGGGAAUGACAAACCUCUGCCAGUGAAAAAUAUAACGGAAAUGGCUGCACCAAAACAACCGAGAAAAACAUUAUCGGGCAGUAGCUAUGAUAGUGUAGCCAAUAGCUUAAGAAUAGUCAUCCUUCCCAAGUUUUACCCGGAGGCAACUCUCUCGAGAGACGAACAAGGAAAGAUCGAAGAACUCCUCAUUGAGAAGAUGUAUAAGGGAUGGGAUUCCAAGCUAAGAUUCAGCGGAAUACACUUUCGGUCAGGACUCAUACUAAUUGACUGUGUAGAUGAAGAAGCGGCGAAAUUCGUUCACAGGGCGGCACCUGAGCUGGACGGAUGGGCUGGUGUUGAACUCACCACGUGUACCGGGGACAACAUACCGAGUAUAUACAUGAUGACGGUCUACCUUCCGAGAGCCAAAGGUGUUGAUACGGAAAAGCUGUUAAAACUACUCAUCACGCAGAAUGAGGGUCUGCAUACUCAGCUAUGGAGAGUAAUUAGCGGCAAGGAUGUGAAAAAUGGAAAACUUCUGACGAUUGGGAUUGACAGCCUGUCGCAGGAGGCCAUUAAAACCAACGGCUGUAGGGUCUUUUACAGGUUCAGCUCCGUCUCGGUCCACUUACAUAAGGGGCGGGUGAACAAAGAGGGAAGUAACUCGGCUGGGGCAACCACACCAGCUGAGGGAACGCUAUCAGCAGCCGUUGCGGAACAAGUAGAGGAGGCGGCCAGACAUGAGAUUAACGAAAGCAGUGUGAAACCUCACGGAAGUGAGGACAUUGAUGCCUUAGAUCUCUCUCUCUCGUAGCUACAGGCUAUCUACCAGGAGACGACACUCAGAUACCAUCUGUAGAGGUCGAUAAACUGGUGGGCUACUGAAAGAAUAUGAAAAUGCCACUCAUACUUGGUUGCGACUCCAAAGCGCACAACGAAAAGUAUAAACAUCAACACAAGAGGCAAUUCACCAACAUUUGCAACUAACUCACGCAAAGAGGUCCAAGGUAUUACUAUAGGAAAUACUCGCGGUUGUGAGUUUGUCAAAAACUGGA